UUUAUUGGUCUGAACCACAAUUUGUGAAACCCUCGCUCUCUUUCUCUCUCUCUCUCUGAAAGACGGAGAUGGUGGCCUCCUCGUCUUCUUCGCUGUCGUCGGACUCGUCGUCUGGGUCUCGGCGCCGUCAUCGCCGACACAACCGCAGCCGCCGAGACAAGGAUAAAGAAAAAGACAAAGAUGCCCUCAAGAUCCGAAAGAGGACCAGUCGUAGCUCCCACGCCAAACGACGUCGUAGGCACCGCCACCACCAGUCCUCAUCUUCUUCUGAUUCCUACUCCUCCUCGUCUGAUUCCGACGAUUCCAGAAAUGAUAGCUCUUCAGACAGUGAGCCUGAAACAUCUAGUCAGUCAAAGAGGCACAAGAAGAAUGACAGACAGAAGAAGAGCAAAGAAAAGGACCAGAGCAAGAGUCAUCGGCAUAAACGUCAUAGGAGUAAACUAAAAGAGAAGCAGCAGAAUGAGAGAAAUAGCAGCCCUGUUCGGCUUUCAAAGUUUUUAGGGCGUGACAAAGAUGAUGGAGUGCGUCGCAGCGCUGUCUCUGGCAAAAAGAUUCUGUUGAAACUUGACAAAACAAAGGAGGACAAGGCCGCAGAAAACAAACGGAAUGAAUUGCUGAAGUUCUUGAAUGCUAGUUUCGACUGAUGGAGGACAAGAUUGCAAAAAACAAAACGAAUGAACUGCUGUGGUUAUUGAAUGCUACUCUUGAUUGAUGUUGCCUAGUCUCCAUGGACUAAGAAUCAGGAUGCGAAUGAAGGAAUUGUUCAGUUCAAAGGAUAUUUUCCCCUUAGCUCCUAGUUUUUUGCAUUGUUUUUUUUUUUUUUUUAUGUUUCUGUUACUGAUGAUGAAUGUAUAACAUUGUCAAGUUGGAGUCAUGAUUGAGCAAAUUAGAACUUGGGUUCAAGUAUUUUUCCUACCAUUUAUAAUUAAACCCUAGUUGACAA